AUGUCCGAGAUGAACAGAAAUGACUCCACCGCGCAGACGACAGAGGAGUCCAGCAGCCUGUUUCUGAUUACGUCCGACGGCCGCACGCUCAGCCUCCCGAUAGCAAGCCCGUCGCCGAGAGACCCGCUGAACUGGUCGCUCCGAUGCCGGUUCAUGAUAUUCUUCUCCCUGGCCGUCAUGGGCGGCAUCUGCGUGACCAUGCUCAACGCGGUCCCCAUCCUGCGGCAUGCCAUGGGGCUGGAGUUUGGCGAGGAGAGGAUGAAGCAGUUCGACGCCGCCACGGCGCUUCCCGACGUCAUGUUUGGGGUGGGCGUCAUCACCUGGGCGCCCUUGUGCGUCGGGCUGGGGAGGCGGCCGGUGCUGGUCUCCAACGCCUGCUUCUUGCUCCUCGGGCUCGUCCUGGCUUGGAGGGCGACCAGUGUUCCGAUGGUGAUGGCGGGGAUCUCGCUGCAGGGGCUGGCUGCUGGGUCGAUUCCGACUGCUGGUAUGCUCAUGGCCAUCGAUGUAACCUACAUCCACCAGAGGCCCCUCUCCAUUGCGCUGCUGUGGACGGUGGGCCGCGGCACGACCUUUAUCAUACUGGGCGCGGCGCCUCACGUCCUGGAUCUGGAGCGCCAGUGGCGGGCAUUCUACUUGAUCGCAAUGCUCUGUGCCGUGGCGGCUCUGCUCCUGGUCUACUUUUGGUGCCCCGAGACCUACUUCCUCCGGCCGCCCGUGGCCUUUGACGGGAGGAUCCUGGUGCAGACCGGCCACGAGAGGAUCAAGAUCUACGACGAGUGGUCGCAGGUCCCCGGCGGGGGUGCACACGAGAGCCGGCCCCUGCCGCCGCUGCCCAUGCCCCUACAACCGCUGGAGCUCCCGCCUCUGCCCCUGGUGGAGAUGAGUCCAUCCAGGCCCGGCACCGCCGAGGACAAGCCCAAGAACACGGCCAUCUCCGUCGUCCAGUCGUACGAGCCCAGCCUCUUCUCCUACCCGACCAUCAGCACCAGCGCCAGCAGCCGGCGGGCCGAAAAGUUCCGCGGCAGGUUCCGGCGCAUCCCGGGCCUGCCCAGCGUGAAGCGGGCGCAGCGGUCGUCGUGGCGCGGAGCGGCGGCGGUGCCGGUGCAGAUGGUGCUCUGCCUCGUCAACCCGCUCGUCUUCUGGGUCAUCAUGCACAAGACGGCCAGCUUCCUGGGCACCAUUGUGAUCCGCCAGGCCCUGCCCAAGGUGCUGCACUCGCCCCCCUACAACAUGUCGCCCGCCACGGCCGGCUACGUCGACUUUGCCGCCGCGCUGGGCUGCUUCGUCUCCAUGCCGCUGACCUACGUCACCACCAACCGCAUGGUGCACCGCCUGACCUGGCGGAACAGGGGCGUGCGCCGCGCCGCCUACUACCUCCCGGGCUUCGUGCUGCCCGUCACCGCCGGCUUCCUCGCGAACCUGCUGUUCGGCCUGUCCGCCGCCCCCGUCGGCUCGCCCGGCUACCUGGGCACCCUGCACCACUGGACCGUCGUGUCCACCGCCUGGAUGCUGACCCAGAUCGCCUUCACCGGCGAGUCCAUCGUGUCCACCCUGUGGGUCACCGAGGCCUUUCCGCAGUGGGCCGCCGGCGCCCUGGCCGCCGUCUCGGGCCUCAACUUUAUGUUUGCCGUCGCCGUCAACACCGCCAUACCAAAGUGGCUCGAGAGCCAGGGCCAGCUCAAGAUGAACCUCGAGAUCGCCGUCGCCAUCCUGGUUGCCGGCGGCAUGGGCAUCCCCUUUGCCUUUUGGGGCAAGGGAGUCCAGCAGUAUCUACCCGGGAGGCACGGUGCCUUUAUGACGGGCGCGCUGCGGCCUCAAUAA